UCUUUAACAUGAACUCUCCAAAUAUCAAAAUCUUGUUGACUGUGCUGUUUCUGGUUUCCAUUGGAGUCCAUUCAAACCAUUCCCUGACUGAAAGAGAUUCUGGAACACAACUUAUAAACGAUCUGUUAUCAUCAAACAUCCACGGUGUGCAGGUUCCUACUAUCAACGGGAAAGAUGGUCCACUUGCCCUCGUAUUACAAAAUUUACGGAUUACCGAGGUAAUUCUUCCUGGAAGUGUCAUUAGAGUAAAACAGAACAGCCCUCUUGUUUUGACUUUGAAUGUCAACGAUGCAGCUUUGAAUGGGACAAGUCAAUUUUUGUCCAAUUACAAGACACUGUUGCUUCAGCAAACAGACGAAGGAAUACUAGAUUUUAGUGCUAAGUUUGGAUUUAGUGUGGACGUUAUACCAGAUAUGGAAAGCAAAACUCUUCAGACCGAAAACUGUAGAGUUCAACCUCUAAAGGUGAAGAUCUCCGUCCUUGAUACUUUGUUGCAAUGGCUGUUAGAUCUUUUAACUGGUCUACUACAAACUACUGUGGAAAGAACACUAGAUGAUGUGAUUUGUGAAACAGUAGCAAGCACUAUAAACAAUGGAGGAAAUCCAGUCUUUGAUGUGUUUGCAAAACAUUUAGGGUAAAGUCAAGCAAGUCCAAACGAUAAACUAACGGAAUGAUUUGCAGAACAUAAACCAUGCCUGUUGUAUGGUUAUGUGCAACUACUAUUUGUUUCCUGAAUUAAUAAUAAAAAU